AUGGUACCUCUUUCCAAAGUAGAAGUAGUCCUUGGAGGUCCAAGUGUUUCCAUGGAAGAAAAUCUAUAUGGUUUAUGGAGAGCAGCAGGAGCAGAGAUUAAUCUUGGACAACUUUCAGCUAACUGUCUGGCCGAUGCUGAAGUUUGCAAGAAUUUUACUGUCUCGUUUCUCUUUAAAAUCAGCGAAACGAUAGCAGAAAAUAAAAGAGUAGAUGCCAUUCAUCCGAUUCCAGUUACUGACGAAAACUCUCUCCCCGCUUCAAUGUGCACAGCAAUUUUUCUCAUUACAUGGAUGUUGCAACUGUGGCUCGCCGGCAAAACUAGACGGAAGUAACGAGCACAACUUAUUCUAGAGACAGAUGGAAUCUUGUCGCACUUGUCUACACAAAAUUAGACUGUCUUGAGCUUUAUAUCAACGGAACCAAUGAACAUUCCAAUACCUGUUUUGUCAUUGACAGCGGUUCUGUCUCACCAGUGAAUGUGAAUCUUUUUUCCUCUAAUACCUCGAACUUUAUAUACGUGAGUUACGUACAAGUCAUUCAAUUUGCUGAGGUAAGCUGAAGUAACGACUUUACACGAACAAAGCUUCACUCAAGGUAUCGAAAGGUAGGUAAGUGACUCUCAAGAGGCUGUUAUUUGCUCACCCUUAAGACUACAUGUACAUGUUCUUUUAGCCGGUUUUCACUGGGAAAGAAAACACAGGAAGAGAUAAUAUAGUACCUCUAAACAACUCCCGUUUAACUGAAAUAUGAAACAUAAAACAUUAACUUGCGUCUCUGAUUUUAACUUUUCAGACUAAAAUACUUACUUAAUGCAUGGUUGCCAAUUGUUCUUUAAAACUUCCAUUUUUAUAUGGAUCUUAUCUUUCAGCUUCAAUACCUAAUAACAAUAAUACUGUUUUUGACAGAAAAUUAGAGAUGGUAAUACAGUAACUGUCUGUCUCUGUGACCAUCUUUUUCUCUUUCUCUGUCACUGUCACUGUCAAAGUUAUUGUCUUUCUCACUGACUGUUACUUCACUGUCACUGUCUCUGUCAUUUUCAUUGACAUGUUCUUUGUCUUUGUCUCUCUCUGUCUCUGUAUCUUUGUCUGUCACAGUCUGUCUCUGUCCUUAUGUCCAUCACUGUAACUGCCAUUGUCUCGGUCACUAUUACUGUUGGUUGUCACUCUUUGUGUCAAUCUCGCUAUCCUGCUCAUUGUAUUGUUACUGUCACCAUCACCGUCUCUGUUCCGGUCAUCUUCACUGUUUACAGCGCUAAAAACUAUGCACAUAUUCAAAAGCACUUUUCAUCACAUUAAGUAUAAUGAACUAGUACUGAACGUUUUGCCAAAAAGAAAUGUUUUGAGUUGUUUCUUAAAAGAAGCAAGGCUGCUACAGGAUCUAAUUGGUAACGGUAACGAGUUCCAAAAGUUAGGAGCAGUAUUAGCGAAAGCACGAUUCCUAAGUGUAGGGUAGUUGACCCGUGGAAAAAACAGAAGAGAUUGUGUGGACAAGAAAAGAGCACAGUUAGAGGCAGGUUUAAGAGAUAAAAGAUCUUUAAGGUAGAGUAGACUAAGAUUAUUUAACGGCUAUAAAACAAAACGAAGAAACUUAAACUGAAUUCUGAAUGAUUCAGGAAACUAGUGUAGGUCAAUGAGAGCCGGUGUGAUGUGGUCAAAUUUCGUAAUCUGGAAAAUCACCCCAUAGUUAGCCGCGGUGUUCUGAACUUUCUAUAAAUGAUCAAGUUGAUAAUUGGUCAGACCAAAAAGAUGUGAGUUACAGUAAUUAGUCAAGGUGCAAAGAUACAAAAGCCGAUGUACCAGUGUUUUUGACGAUUGCACAGAGAGGAUUUUCUGACCUUUCUGAUGCUGUAGAGUCCACGAAAAGUCUUCAGUGGUACAGAUCUUACCGAUGUGAACAUCCAUCCGCAUAUGAACAUCAAACCAGGACCCAAGGUCCCGGAUACUUUCUAGUGACUUUCUUCGCGACAGCGUCACCAACAACAUUAGAAUCAAUAGAUAUCGGGGGGGGUAGGUUUCCGAGUAAAGAGAGCCAGGUUUUAAAGAAAGGUAUAGAUAUGUGUGUCGUCAGCAUAAUCAUGGACGGAAGGAAGGUGCUGAGACGAAAUGAUUUGUAGUAUUUGGUAACAACGUUAUUUCUAAUAAGUACGAGUAAAUUUUUUUCAGCAAAAUCAGAGGCGCGUAAUUUUUUUUUUAAAAGGUAUAUUAUCACAAAGACCGAAUUGUCAAAAAAUUCAUUACAGAACUUCAAUCAAAUGAAAUUAUCAACCAGCUAUUUGAUUUGCUUGAUAGAUUCGUGUCACACGAAAAAUGAGAUGAUAAUGCAAGACACGGAUCAAAUCCAACGUAACAUGGUGCUUUUGAAUGUUAAACAGUUGUGUUCUUCAUAGUUAUUUUCCUGCUUUGUUUGACUUUGCCUUGAAUUACCGCUUUAGUUCGCUUCUUCAUUUUUUUUGUACAUGUCUGGUACCAGUUAACCAUCAUACCUGUCGGCCAAAUUAUAGAACAAAGAAGCCCUACCAUUGAACAGUGAAGGGGGCAUAGCUCAGUGGUAGAGCAUUCGACUGCAGAUCGAGAGGUCACCGGUUCAAUCCCGGUUGCCCCCUUUGGUUCAUAUUUGUUUUCUAAGAGAAUGAUGUGUGUCCAUGAUCCUUUUUGUCCAACAAAAACAUUUUUUUCCCUUUUUUAAUAAGUGUAUAUCAGAGUUAACAACUACUGCUAAAUUCUAUCGGACACCUGGUACGUACAUAUUUGCAGUCCUUAAUGGCCAUAUCGAUUCUAAAGAAGUUAGAAUUUCUAACGUGUCUUAACAGUUUUCAAUUCAGAAAGCUUAAUUUAAGUCACCAAAUGAAAUUUAAAACGUCGCCUUUCCGCUUCGUUUUACUACCCAACAAAUAAAUGCGCACAGGUUCAAUUUAUACAUAUCUAUUGCUUUUAGAGAUCUUAAUAAUUUUCCUAAAAGGAAAAGGCUGAGCUAUCUUCAAAUCUUCAUUUAAACCGUGGAUUUAAAACUGAUACGAAAACUAAGAAAGGAUAAACCAACAGGGUGGUGCCCAGAGAAGAAAAGGCAGGAAGAACCGGCAUAUGUGACUACAAUUCUAUCCACCUCGCCAACGGCCAAAAGGCGUGCUGAGAAGGAGAGGGGAAGGGUAUGAAAAAUGCAAGUAAAAAUUUACACCAUUCCCUUAUUAACCCAGAACCUCUUAUAAAUACUAGAAUCGUCUCCCCCUUUUAUUUCUAAGAUACAAUUUGAUUUGUUACUUUUGACGAAAGAAUGAAUCGUCCUUGGAAAGGGCGCUAGUUCUCUAAUUAGGCCCUCUUAUGAUUGCAGUCAUUCUGAGUGUUAUAACAAAACUCUAAGCGAGAAUCGCUAAUCAUCAUAGGUUUGGAAGGAAAGAGAUGCAAAUACUUAAUUAACUCCAAAAAGAGUUACAAAAUUAGAACAUGGAGAUUUAGUAUGUAGUGUAGUUCACUGUUGCAUGCUUUUUUUUUUCUAUAAAUUGUUAGAUUUUUAAGUCUGUUUUCUCUCGAGAAAUAACAAGAACCUUUCUUUCUAUGGGAGCUGUGGACGAAACAGGGUGUGUCUCGGGUGCACCCCCUUCUCGCCAAAGCUUAUCUUCUUCUGCUUUCGCAUUUGCCCUCAUUUGA